GUCAAUUAUUUAUGAAAUCUCUUAUAAGAUCUUUAUCUCUCUCCUUUGAUUGCUCACUAUUUCCCCUCUUCUCUAUGACUCUUUUUCUCUCUUCAACAAACACCAAUUCAUAUGAUUUUUUAAGAUAAAAUUUUCUAGAUCUUGAAGAAAGAUAUUUGUUGCAAGCUUCAAUUAUAAAGAGAGAAGAUGACACCGUCAUCUGAAGGGAGGUACAAUUUGUAUAGUCAAGGUAGUAGUGGAUGGACAUCAAUGAGGAAUGAUGAAUUUCAAGAAGAAGAAAUUUGGGGAAAUUUCACCGAUGAAAGACGCGAAUUUGGUUCAAAUUUCAGCAGAAAUAAAGAGUCGUCACCAAUUUUUAGUCCUAGGAGGCUUCCCACCGCAGCCAAAAUGAUUCAGAGAUCGAGUAAGAGUUCAAUUCAGGAACCUAAAAUAAUUCAAUAUUCAGCUCCAGUAAAUGUACCUGAUUGGUCAAAAAUUUAUGGGACAAGUUCCAAAAAAAUCUCGUGGCACGAUGAUGAUAAUGAUAAUGAUUAUGGUGGUGGAGGACAUAAUUUGGUGAGAAAUAGUUCGAAAUUUGAUGAAGAGAACGAUGAUGAUGACGAUGAUGAUGAAGGGGAAAUGAUGCCUCCACAUGAAUGGAUUGCUAAAAAACUUGAAAGGAGUAAAAUAUCUUCUUUUUCAGUGUGUGAAGGUGUUGGAAGAACACUAAAAGGGAGAGAUUUGAGUAGGGUGAGAAAUGCAAUAUUAAGUAAAACAGGGUUCCUUGAAUAAUAUCAGAUCGAAUGAAUCGAUAGUGAAGAUUCAUAUAGUCGAUUCUGAUUUAUUUAUGAGACAUAAUUAUUGUUAUUGUUGUAUUAUAAUUGUGUAGAUGACGUGGUCAUAGUUGAUGAUCGUAAGACAUCAACAAUAGGAUUUGAUUAGUAAUUGAAUUAUUAUGUUUAA